UUGUCUUGAUUUAUUUUUUAUAAUUUGGCGAGACGCCGGUGAGGUAGCCUCGCUUGACUGCUAUUAUCGCUGCCACAAACAAACAUGGCCGACGCAAGCUUAGAUGACAUUAUCAAGCAGAGGAAUAUUCGUCCUGGAACUACACAAGGAAAUAGAAAUGAUGUGAAUGGCGCCAUAGGAAGAGGUCGGCCACUUGCUAAAGGUCGCCUGUAUCAGUCAGUUUGUUCAGAUCUGGGAAUUGAGCCUCAGGCAGAAUUUCUUCAGGUGGUCGGUGACGCAAGGAACAGAAUUAUUGAGAAGAAACGAAUGCGGUUUCCCGAUGCUCGAGACCGCCUUGCAGAAAUUGCCAAACAGGGAGAUGCCAGGGACAAGAUUAACAAUAUUAGGAAAAAGACAGGCACCGUGUCCAACAGAAUAAAAAAAGUCCCAACUGCAUGGAAGAAUACUGGUACCGUUGUGGAAAAAAUCAUACGAAAUGAAAACCGCCCAUCAGAUUUAGGAGGUAAAACACGUAUGCAAGGAGCUUUCUUGUUGCGCACCGUGGCUGGCAGGGAUGGAAUUAGUGGGAAAAAUACAACAGCCCGUACAAGACCUGGUGCCCUGAUACGAAGUAUGCCUAACAAUGGCAGAACGCAGUCUUUCUCGAGAGCUGGUGACAGUAGUCGUUAUCAUCCAUUGCCAAAUAAUCCACAUGUUGUCACAAUCAAGAAUGAUAAAGCUGAUUUAUUCAGCUCUUAUAAUCCAGAAUUAAGCAGUUACAGGCAGCAGGAGAUGAGACCUCCACGGAUUAAGUUGACUGCUCGCAGCCCUCCCUAUAGGGCAUUGCGACUCGAAUCUGCACUGUCACAAAGUUAUGGAUUGAGUCUAGGUGGAAUGCGGUCAGACAUUAUGUCAACUGCGCGGUCUCAAAUGUAUCGUCCAAGAAGGUCACCAGAAUUAGAGGAGAUACGACCAACUCGGCUGAAAAUCACCACGGCUAAUAAUUACAGAGAACCCAGUCCUCAGUAUAGUAGUGAAUGGAGUCCACAAGCCAGAUUACCAGCAAGGCUGCCAUCUAGAACACUUGGAGGAAGGCUUCCUGCUGAAAUUCCUGAAAGAUUAGCAAUGAGAGUUCCAGCCAAAAAGAGACCCUUGUAUGAUGAUGAUGAGGUGGAGCCCCUUAGCCGCCCCAAGAAGACGCCACCUAUCUCAUCAGGUCUAAUGGCUCGUUUAGACCAACCACAGCGACCUGCUGCACCACAAGGAGGGAAGGUUCUCGUGACCAAUUUACAUCACUGUGUAAGUGUAGAAGAUAUGGAAGAAUUAUUUGGAACCAUUGGACCAAUUCUGUCAACUCGGAUGGUUCGGGAAGGUGUUGCAGAGGCCGUCUUCAUGCAUGUUGAGGAUGCUUAUAGGUCAGUUGAAGUGUUCAACAAUCGACAGCUUGAUGGGCAGCCAAUGUGUGUGACUGUAGUAAGCAAGAAGACCACGUCUGCUGCUGCUCCACCUCCUGCACCUCCUAGAUCACAAACCAAAUCUGUUUUGAAAGCUGCUAGUGGAAGCAGUACUAUGAGCGGAGGCGUGCCAGGUUUAAGAGGGUUUAAAGCAAAUCAUCAGGUAGCACCAGACAUCCCUACAAUCCACCAAGCACUCUUCAACAGGUCGCAGGGUCAUGUAUCCAACCAUGUGUUUCUUGUCAAGCUUCCUAAGCAGCCUGCAAGAAAGGAUGUUACCUGAAUGUUUGGCAAUUGACAUAGGAUUGUAAUCAUUGGGCAUAAAUGCACUUUGUGGACUACAACAACAUACCCUGCUUAAGUUGAGAGGAAAAAUGUCAGAUGAAGGGUUUUUACAAGAGUUCUUUGUGAUGAUCCGAAAGAAUAUAUUAUAUUAUAAUUAUUGUAUACCUUACUGAUUAAGAAUUAAUUUUCUGUACAUUUUCUUUAAUUUAGGGCAGUAAUCAGUAGAGUGUGCUUAAAGGUUAGCCAAGUGCCCUGUACUGAAUACAGCAUAUCUAGAUUGAUUUAGAAUAUUGUACAAAGUCAUUUCUGUGUAAGCUGUUUUUUCUUCUUUUUUAAUAAUUGUGUAAUUUAAGCUAAUUUUGACAGGGCCUUGUUUUAUCAAAAAAUAUUGGUAAGAAAUUCCUCUAAUGUUUAAUGUAUGACUUUCUUUACAUUUGUAAUGUAUGCAAAAAUAAAUAAAAUAUUACCUACCAAAAGAAUGAAACUAAUUUGCUCCUGAUAACAUAGUUAUGAUUGGUACUGUAUUAGAAAAGUAAAGAACUUUGUUUUUAUAUUUUUAGCAAACUAAUAAAAAAAACUUCUAUUCUUAAA